AUGUCUCCCUUGUUGCACGCUAUCGUGGGCGGCUUGGCCCUGGCCAGCUCCGUCGUAGGAAACAAGGAGCGUCGCGAAGUUGAUUCUCUCGUCGCUUCUCAGAUCCUGACUGACCCCUAUGCCUAUGACUUCCCUCGUCUGGGUGCCCCUGGCGCCUCGCAGUUCCAGAUGCGUCUCUGCCAUGGCUUCCAACUCGAGGAGGCCAGUGUUGACGACAUCCAAGCCCGCUUGACCAAUGGCACUUUCACUAGUGUUCAGUUGCUCGAGUGCUACCUUGAUCGUAUUGCCCAGACACAGCCUUACCUGAAUGCCAUCCUGCAACACAACCCUGAUGCGUACAAAAUUGCCCACCAGCUGGAUGUUGAGCGUGCCAGAGGUAAGGUUCGUGGCCCUCUGCACGGUAUCCCUUUCAUUGUCAAGGACAACAUCGCCUCUAAGGAUCGUAUGGAGACCACUGCUGGUUGCUGGGCUUUGCUGGGUAGCGUUGUGCCCCGCGACUCCUUUGUUGUUCAUGGUAUGCGCAAGGCCGGUGCUCUGCUCCUGGGUAAGGGUGCCCUGAGCGAGUGGGCCGAUAUGCGCUCCAACAACUACUCCGAGGGUUUCAGCGCCCGCGGUGGUCAGUGCCGCAGUGCCUACAACUUCACCGUUAACCCCGGUGGUAGCAGCACUGGUCCCGGUGUUGCCGUCGGUGCCAACUUGAUCCCCAUUGCCCUUGGUACGGAGACCGACGGCAGUGUCAUCAACCCUGCCCAGCGUAAUGCUAUCGUUGGUAUCAAGCCUACCGUCGGCCUGACCUCCCGUGAUGGUGUUAUCCCCGAGUCCCUGCACCAGGAUACCAUUGGUACCUUCGGUAAGACCGUUCGCGAUGCCGUGUACGCUCUUGACGCUAUCUACGGUGUUGACACCCGCGAUAACUACACUCUUGCCCAGCAGGGCAAGACCCCCUUGGACGGCUACACCCAGUUCUUGUCUAACAAGACCGCCCUGAAGGGUGCUGUCUUCGGUCUGCCCUGGAAGUCCUUCUGGGCUCUUGGUGACUCUGACCAGAUUGCCCAGCUCAAGGAGCUCCUUACCCUGAUCGAGUCCGCCGGUGCCACCAUCAUCAACGGCACCGAGCUCCCCCACUACAAGGACAUCGUUUCCCCCGACGGCUGGAACUGGGAUUACGGUACCACCCGUGGAUUCCCCAACGAGUCCGAGUACUCCUACGUCAAGGUUGACUUCUACAACAACCUGCGCACCUACCUCGCUGAUCUCAACAACACCAACAUCCGCUCCGUUGAGGACCUCGUCCAGAACAACAUUGACAACUACGGUUCCGAGGGUGGUUACCCCAGCAUUCACCCCGCCUUUGGCUCCGGCCAGGAUGGUCUCAUUGCCUCCAUGGAGAGCAAGGGUAUCAUGAACUCCACCUACUGGGAUGCUCUCGCUUAUUGCCAGCGCACCACCCGCGAGGAGGGUAUCGAUGCCGCUCUGAAGUACAAGAACCGUACUCUGGAUGGUCUCCUUGUGCCCCCAGAUGUUGCCCAGAGCAUUCAGAUCGCUGCCCAGGCCGGUUACCCCGUUAUCACUGUCCCCGCCGGUGUUGAGCAGGGUGACGGCAUGCCUUACGGUCUUGCCAUCAUGAACACUGCUUUCUCCGAGCCCACUCUGAUCAAGUACGCCAGUGCCAUUGAGGACCUCCAGAAGAGCUCUGGUACCAAGUGGCAGCGUAGUCUUCCCGAGUGGCGCGGCUACUUGGAGCGCAACCUGCCUGUGAUCUAA